AUGGAAGAAGGCUCGCCUGGAGUUUUCCUUAAACAUUACAGAUUACCCAAGUGGAGUCGAGCUGCGAACGUUGGGGAUGUGGAGAGUGAGUUAAAUUUUGUUCGAAAUGUUGGAAUUGAUGUUAAUUCUUUGGAGGCAGAAUAUGAGGGUUUGAAUGACGAUGAAGACGUGACUGUUUCUCGUGGAGAUCGUGGGCCGUGUAUCUAG